UAUGUCCACCGUUGUGCAAUCAACAUUCGUGAUUGGUAAAAAAACAGUGUGUUUGAAUUUCAAAAACACACUAUUUCUCCUCAACCUCGUGACGUUACAUCACCGACCCGCCUUUUUCCCCUUUCCCAGUAUCUAUCUACCACCAUUCACACUUUUCAUUUUUCAACUCCUUCGCCUCCACAUUCUCUCUCUCCGUCCACCGUCCACCCAUUAUGAUCUGCUCGAACCGGUCCAACAAAACCGGUUCAAACUGGCUCGACCGUCUUCGAUCCAACAAAGGCAUCCCAACCGACGACAACAUUGACCUCGACUCCUUCCUCCUCAGACUCACCUCCCAUUCUCCUCAACCCCGCCCCAUUAAACCGCCCCGACGCCGUCCAACCGUCACCCACGACCCACCGUUAACCGCUGUCCUCGCUCAUCUCUUCAAUCCCGGCGCCACCGUCUCCCUAACCUCUAAUAAAUGUCCUAGGAAACAAACAAACCCUAAAAACUUCAUCGCAUCUUCCUCCACUGUCAACAAUGCUCCCACCACCACCGCCGCCACUGGAGGCGGUGUGGUAGUUGAAGUAGAAGAUCGAUGCGUGGAAGAGAACAACGGUGAGGAAGAUUUGAAGGGUUUUACUAGAAGCGAGGUUACGGUGAUUGACACUAGUUGCCCACGGUGGAAGGUUGAUAAAUUGGUUUUCAGAAAGAAUAGCGUUUGGAAAGUCAGAGAAAGGAAAUCCAAGACCAAGUUUUUCGCCAAGAACAAGAGUAAAACUACUCCUGAUCUUCAACACCAUGGAAUUGGGAACUCCGAGUAAGAGCGUUAUUUGUGGUCUAAACUAAAUUGUUGCCGUGAUUUUUCAUUCUUUUUAUUAUAAACUUGACUAGUUAUCCGCAACUAAAGUUUA